AUGUCGUUGGCAUUUCUAGUUGAUAAGACCCAAUCCAAGGUCACAGUAUCCGAUUUGAAAGAUGCAGCUGCAAGUCUUGGGUUCAGCGUCCCAGAUGGUCAAGACACUGAGGAUUACCUUCAGAUGCUGCAGUCGACAGAAGCGAUCGUGAAUCAAAUCCAAGAAGCGGAGGACUAUAUCCACCCCUCACUGUGCCCCGCGCCAUCGACUAAUCAAAGAGAAUUUUGGGAACCGAAAAAAGAGGAUAAUAUUCUGAAUGCUUGGAGACAUCGCUGUGAUAUCGUAGCAGCCAGUCCGACAAGCACUUUACUCCAAGGAAAGACGAUUGCAAUCAAAGAUAACAUCUCCAUCGGAGGUCUUCCGACAACAGUGGGGACAUUCACCGAGCUAUUGUGUAAAGAUGGUCAACUUCCUGUUUCUCCAAUAGAUGCAUCUGUAGUCUCACGGGUGCUUCUGGCAGGUGCCACUAUCAAAGGAUCUUCGACAUGCGAGAAUUACUGCUUAUCGCCUCUUGGUUAUGGCUCUGCAACAGGUCCAGUUCAUAACCCUCGACUAGUAGGAUUUACCACGGGCGGAAGCAGCAGUGGCUCAGCAGCACUUGUAUCUGCAAACACGCUUCAGGAUCAAGAGACCAAACUUGGAGAGACAGUCGACAUUGCGAUCGGUGGUGAUCAGGCUGGAUCAAUUCGAAUCCCUGCCUCGUAUUGUGGAGUUUACGGGAUGAAGCCCACACACGGUUUGGUCCCAUAUACUGGAGCUGUGCCCUUAGCUCCCAUGAUUGAUCAUCUGGGACCGAUGGCUGGAAGCCUUGACGAUAUUGCCUCAUUACUUCAAGUGAUGGCAGGCUAUGAUGGGAUAGAUCCUCGGAUGACUCCUGAGAGUCCAUUACGGCAUCAAGUCCCAAACUACUCCAAGAUUCUGGAAGGUUUUAGAACCCGCACCCUUGAGAAAGGUGAAUUCAUUGGAUCUGGAUUGAAAAUUGGCAUCCUCGCGGAAUCCUUUGAUAUUCUUGGGUUAUCGGAGCAGGUUCACAACACUGUUCUAGACUCCGCUCGACGUUUCUUUGCAGCCGCCGGGGCCGAAGUAAUCGACAUUUCAGUCCCUAUGCAUCGGAUCAGCAGUCUCAUAUGGACAGCGGCCACCCGCAUGUCAGCUUCCGAAACGGCGUGUCAAGGCAAGACAGGUGGAUUUCUCUCCUUCCUCCCGCCGCAUAUUCAAGCUCGGUGGCCACCCGAUCAAGAGAUGUAUGAGCUAUUGACCGGAACCAACCCAUCUGCUCUGAACGUGAUGCUCAGUGGUCCAUUUCUACAGGAGAAGUUUGGUCCAAGCGUUGAGGCUAAGGCCCACCGUAAAGUGUUUGAGCUCCGGGCGGCUUACGAUGAAGCUUUCACGCAAGUGGACAUCCUUGUUACCCCAUGCGCACCGACCGUUGCUAUGGGACAUCCUAAAAUGCAAGGUGAUGCCGAAGGUCCGAGGUCUACUGUCAUGGAAAAGGUCUCUCUAGCGGUCGGAGUGACUACCAAUACUGCCCCCUUUAAUGCUACUGGUCAUCCGGCGAUGAAUGUACCCUGCGGAUUUGGUCAAGAUCCAAAUCAGCCUGAGGUAGAUUUGCCGAUUGGCAUGCAGCUCGUUGGAAGGAGAUGGGAAGAAGCGAUGAUUCUUAAAGCAGCGACUGUGUUUGAAGAAGGUCGAGCUAUGUCGAUGGCUGGUUAA